AGACUCUGGGUUUACCGCUACAUCAACAAACCUUCACGACACUGAAUCGAUUUGCGACAGGCUGGGAUAGCAAACUUUCAAAAUAAAAGUCGUCUCGAAGAAGACAGUGCUGCAGAGCCAUUUUUUCUGCAACAUGCGCCAGUGACGUGACGCUGCCACGCACAUUGGUGGUAUCUUAGCAACAGAGGAAAAAGUGUCAACAACGUUUCCUGCUUGGGGCAAACACACGAGUUGACAGUAUGUCUACAAAGGAGGCAACAGUGCCAGCAACGGCAAAUGCAAAGAAGAAAUCGGGGGCUGUUCUAAAGAACCAUGACCUGUCAGAGAAACUGAUGCUAUUUGUUGAGGCUCAGCACAUCUCAAGCAUACUGGAGAAUCGCAUCAGUCAAAUUGAGAUUGCAGUAACUCUGCCUGCUACCCUCCGCUUCAACAGCGCUUCUAGCGUUGUGGAUGAGAAGUUGAACAGGGCACUUGAAAAGCAUCAACUGUUAGCUGAAAGAUUGGAGACAGAGACACUAGACGGUCUCGAGAAGGAGGCAGAGGGAGAAGAUGGAGAAGAAAGGAAGAGAGCAAAGACACGGCUUGAGAGGGACAUCAAGAACUCUGUCAGGGAUCUGCUCAGGCUUCUACGGUCGCAUCCAGAUGCCAUUUCUGGUUUGAGGGCAGAGCGAGGUGUGGAAGCAGAGGAGAGUGAGUGUAAACUAAUCAGGGGGCUUAAGAUGUUUCACAGCCAAAUGGUCGACAAGUUGCUGACCAGUGUGCAUGAGGAGCUACAGCUGGUCCUCUACAAGCCGUCGUCUUCAUCCCCUGCCCACAGUCUGGUGCACAUGGCUCCAGUGGAGGAAGAGGUAGCUGCAGCCUUAAAGUCAAUAGAUGCAAAGAUUUCUCAGAAAAAUGUGGAGAUCGCAAAUUUGCAGGAGUCUCUGGAUGCGAACAACACACAAAAACUGCAUAUUUCACCCACAUACAAGAAGAGUCAGCCACAUAUAUCAGAGAAACAAGCCAGUAUGCAGCAGGAAGUUGAUCCACUGAACAAUCAGCUCAACAAUUUGCUCCGUGAAAACAAACAGGCAGAGAGAGCACUCCAAGAGAAAAAUGAAAAAGUGGAGACGGAAAUUGAGUAUUUGCUCCAAAAGUUUGACAGUGACAUGGAAGAAAAGCAGGCCGACCUGGAGCUGAAUGAAAUUGAGUGUGAAAGGGAGGAGGAGGAGCUGAGGAAGCAGAAGGAACCCUUCUCUGUCCUAGAAGCAGACUACGACCAGAUCCAGGAGAGGCGUCGGCUGGCAGAGGAGAAGAGACAGGAGGAGAUGAAGGAGCUGGAGCUGAAGACCAAAGCUGCGAUUUUCGCCCAAGCGUGGUGGAGAGGCUACAGCACCCGCAAGGCCUUGAAGAACAAGGGGAAAAAUAAGAAGGGCAAAAAAGGCAAAGGCAAAAUGAAAUGAUCCUCUGACUAGUUUCAUCACUAACCCACACUCUACCUGAAGGGCAUGUUUUGCAUGAUUUAUUUAGAGAAGCCUUUUGAGCAGAUAUCGUUUUAUUCCAGAUUAAGUUACUUGUCAUUUAUGUUUUGUUUUUCAAUAAAGUCUCUUAUGUGUAAACUAGUA